AUAUAUAAAAAAAAAAAAAAGAAAAGAAAAGAUAGAUGGAAUGGAAAGAAACGGCACCGGUCAUGUCAUACUAUUUUCAUUUUCCUACAAUUGCCCAUUCCUGAAUUCUGAUUCUCAGUUACACCCCAUCAAAAACACGUUACAAAAAAUAAAUAAAAAUAAAAAUAAAACAUCGCUGCAUUCUACCAGUUUGCUUUGCAGCUAAUCGGGGAAAAAAAUGGAGAAGAUGAUGUUAGUUAGAUCCAUAUGCCGCGCAGCCUCUUUCCGUUCUUCACGUUUCGCCGCUAUUACUCACCACCAGCUCCGCCACCUCUUGGCUUCUCGAUCCAUCUUCAGUCUUUCUUCGCCUUCCGUUUCGACCCCUUCCGAUUUCAGAUCUUCUUUUGCAAUGGGAAUCGGAAGUACACGAUAUUUUAGCCAGGAUGUAAGUCACUUGCCUGCCAUUCAGGAUCCUGAAAUUAAAAGAGCUUUCAAGGACUUGAUGGCAGCAAGUUGGGAUGAGCUUCCUGACCCUCUCAUCUACGAUGUGAAGAAUGCAUUGUCUAAAAAGACUGAUGACAAUGCUGGCCAAGAGAUCCUGAAGAAUGUUUUCCGUGCAGCUGAAGCAGUUGAGGAAUUCAGUGGCAUACUCAUUUCUCUGAAAAUGGAACUUGAUGACAGCAUUGGAAUGAGUGGCGAGAAUGUAAGGCCCUUGUCAUCUGAGUUAACCAAAGCACUUUCAACUGUUUAUGAACGAUAUUCUGCCUAUUUGGACGCAUUUGGACCUGAUGAGAGUUAUUUGCGGAAGAAAGUAGAGACAGAGUUGGGAUCAAAAAUGAUAUACUUGAAGAUGAGAUGCAGUGGGCUUGGUUCAGAGUGGGGGAAGGUUACUGUUCUUGGCACUUCUGGACUUGCUGGUUCUUAUGUUGAGCAAAGAUCUUAGUGCCAUAUUGUGGGAAGGAUCUGGUGUAAUUGUGAGCUUUCUAUGUUUGGAAUCAUGUUUUUGAGUGGUUCUUUCAGGCAAACCUUCAAAAUUGUGUUGACGCCUGUUGAAUAAGAGCUUAUCUAUGUCACCAAUUGAAUAUGAAAUGUUUUCAUCCAGUUUGAGAAUUUCUUUAUUUUCCAGUUUUAUGGUGGUUAAUAACGUUUUUGGACCCGUCUUCCAUUCACACCAUAGCUAAUGAUGACGUAGUCAAUUACUA